AUGAUCAAUAUCUUCUUUUUUGAACUUGUCACUACUCUUUCAGCCAUCCACUAUAUAGUAUCUCUACUCAAACCCUCUCAUCACCUUUUACUUUUCAUGGAUAGCCUUGAUUUUGUUGCUGCAUUUGAUUCUCUAUUGGUAUUGGAACCUCUUUAUAAUAAAUCCUUACUUGGAGCUGCAGGUCUGAUACUCUGUUCAGGAAUUGACAUUUGUAUUCAAUAUAUUAAUGGAAAAGAUAAUAUCCAGGCUGAUAUGCUUUUCCAACUCCUUUUGGAUGAAUAUCAUCAUAAAUUCCCUGCUGACUGCAUCUGCACUUUCACUCCACCAAGAGAUCUACUGCCAGUGCAAUGGAGACAAUCUUUCUAA